UUUGUGACUGACUUGCUGUGCGUGCCUGCUGUCCUCGCAGUGUUUGAAUGCGCCUACGCUCAGCUGGUCCUGCCUUGGUACACCGUCCCCGAGUCGUGCGAGCAGCAGCCCCUGCACCAGGUUCUCAGCAGGGAAUUCGACUUUGUAAUCGACCGCAUCAUUGAAAGAGCCAAAGACUUGAGCUCGCACGGCACAGGGAAUUCAGACGGCACCAGGACCAAGGGUAAAGGGAAAGUUCCUGUUCUCGUUCUUUUGCUUUCUUUCAGACAGCUCUUGUUUAUGUCCAGAGCAAAGGAGAUUGCAGUUCUCCGAGAGCUCUCUGAUGCUCUGGUAUGUAACCUUUUCCCCAAAUCUCUCUGGGGCCAAGAAGUCAACCGCUGUGCCUUAAACGAGAUCAUUGCCUUAAAGGGUAAGGAAGCAUUAAAUCAUCUCUGCAGCAACAAGAUCUGCAAACUUGACUCCACCAGCCUACCCGGGGUCUUGGUGCUGGAGGAGAUGGAGGUCAACGAUAAAGUUAAAGAAGAAGCAAGAGUAUCAGUGGAGCACUUCCUGCAAGAACUGGUUUCCGAUAAUCUGAUCGGCCACACUCAACCAGUAUUUCAGUUCCUCUGCCCGCUUGACAAACUCCUGAAUGAGGAGAAACACGGAGGCGUUUGGGGCCUGCUCAGCGGCUUGGCUUACUUCCUCACUCCCAGCUACGAAGAAGAUGAGAACUCGAGCAUACAGCCCGGAGCCCCAGAUGAAAACACAAUGUCAUCUCUGCAACUAGAAUCAACAGCUCAGUCUUUGGAGAACCACAGUGCCUCUGAUGUCCCCAGUCAAACUCUUCCAUCUAUUGUUAUCUCCCAGUACGAUUCCCCUUUAGAACUGCCUGAGGAGACUGACAUUAAUCCACAGCCUUCUGUUGACUCAAAGUCUUCAAAUGAAAACGGCUCCCAAGAAAAAAACGAGGACUCUGAUAAUCCCUUAACCUCUCACUUUAAAACACUCUUCAAAGGAUUUGGCCGAUAUAGAUCACACGAGUCUCUGGCCUCAAAAAACGGCAGUGAGGAAGAUGUGUCUGACUCGGGCUUGCAGCGGGAGGGUCCAGAGGGCUCCACUGAGAAUUACAAAGAUGACACUAACACUCUUAUUUCCCUUACAGGAAACUCCUUCCUCAUAAAUAUCUUCGACACGGUUCUGAAACCUUUUAUGCCCAUUUUGAAAAAGAAAGUGAACUCUUUCCUAAGAAAGGUGAACCCAACACAGGCGCAAAUGGCUUCGUACAUCGACAAUCUGCGUAGCAAACUGUGGCCAGAGUCUCCUCCACCAACGCCUCAUCCUCCUCGUACCGAUGAGGAGAAGGACAAGACCAGGGAUCGAGCGCAUAACCUCAUCAAUGCCAAAUAUUCAAAUGUUUUGUUCCUGAAGAAGACAGACAUGGAGUCUGUUUUCAAUCUUUUCCAGGACAGAGAGGAAAACAAAACCCUGGUUUACAUGCUCCUGUCGUUUCUAUUGAGAGAAUUUCUCCCCAGUGAGUUUUCGCUGAAUGCGAGCGCUGCUGUUCUGCAAUAAGUGACCACCUCCACCAGCUGAUCGGUGACCGCCUGUUUUUACCUCUGCUGAAGUUUUUAAAGUAUCCAGUUAUUUAUUAAUCAUCUUAAAAUGCCUUAAAACGUUUGAGACCACAUGUUUCGCAGCCUUUUCAUACGUAUAUCAUUUUUACUUCAAAAGUACUGUGAAUAUUUUGUAUCGUGAACUGCUUUUGUAUACCUUCACAUGUCAGGUUAAUGAAUUGUGACUGGUGUGUACUGGAAAACAUUCUUUGUGGGAGCCAACUUUAAAUAUUUAACUUUUAUUGUUGACCUCAAGAGAAGAAAGUGACCUAUACGUUAUAUUUACAGGUUGAAUUUCACUCUGCAUGAUUUAAUCGUUUUUCAAAAAAUGUUUUCACUUUGAGAAUUUCUGUAUGGUUUAUACUCUGUUAGAGUUUUAACUUUUUUCAACUAUUGUGAAAACAAAAUAUCUCACAAUUUCAAAUUGCCUGAAUGUGUCAAAACCCUGCCGCCACAGCUGUCAGUGGAAACUUGAAAUUAUGCAAAUGUGAAUUGUUCCAAAUAAAAUAUUUUAAUAAAGGUUA